UACCAUCUUUGUUUUCCCCCAAUAUCAUAAAAAUACUCCCUCGGUCCCUCCGCUACACCAUUGCAUCGAGUCAUUGACCCCUUUUCUUUUCCAUUAUUAUUUAUUUAUUUAUAAUAUAAUUCACUCUCACUACUCAGUGUGUGUUCUCUCUCUCUCGCGCUCUCUCUCUCUCUCUGUGUAUGUAGGUGAUGGCUGCUUCUUCAUCUUCUAAGUCUCUGGUGGGGCCUCUUGCGCUUGUCUCAGAGAAUGGUUGCAGAGUUUGGGAGGAUCCUUCGUUCAUCAAGUGGAGGAAAAGGGAUGCACAUGUCACGUUGCGUUCUCAUGAAUCUGUUGAAGAAUCUCUUAGAUAUUGGUAUAAACGCAACAAAGUGGAUUUUCUGGCAUCAAAAUUUGCUGUUUGGAAUGAUGAUGCUAUUCAAGGAUCUCUUGAUUGUGCCGCAUUUUGGGUAAAAGAUUUACCCUUUGUCAAGUCCUUGUCUGGAUAUUGGAAGUUUUUCUUAGCUAACAAUCCGGACAAUGUCCCUAAUGAAUUUUAUGGAAAUGAAUUCCAAGAUUCAGAGUGGAAAACUUUACCUGUUCCUUCGAAUUGGCAGUUGCAUGGAUUUGACCGCCCGAUUUAUACAAACGUAACAUAUCCAUUUCCACUAAAUCCUCCUUUUGUUCCUAUGGAAAAUCCAACUGGCUGCUACAGAAUAAACUUCCACAUUCCCAAAGAAUGGGAGGGUAGAAGAAUUUUGCUCCAUUUUGAAGCAGUUGAUUCUGCAUUUUGUGCUUGGAUAAAUGGGCAUCCUAUUGGAUAUAGCCAAGAUAGCAGGGUACCUGCAGAGUUUGAAAUCACUGAUUUUUGUCAUCCAUUUGGUUCAGACCAUAUGAAUGUUCUAGCUGUUCAAGUGUUUAGAUGGAGUGACGGCUCUUACCUUGAAGAUCAAGACCACUGGAGGUUAUCUGGCAUACACCGUGAUGUACUUCUUCUAGCCAAGCCAAAGGUGUUUAUAAUGGAUUAUUUUUUCAAAACAAACAUUGCCGAGGACUUUUCAUCUGCAGAUAUAUUGGUAGAAGUUAAAGUAGAUAAUUCCUUAGAGACAUCCAAGGAUAAUCUCCUAACAAACUACAGCAUUGAAGCUGCAUUGUAUGAUUCUGGAAGCUGGUAUACCAGUAAUGGGAAUCCUGAUCUCCUCUCAUCUAAUGUAGUGGACUUAAAAUUUCAACCAUCAAGUGCACCAACAUUAGGUUUCCAUGGUUACGUGUUUGGUGGGAAAUUGCAAGCACCAAAGCUUUGGUCUGCAGAGCAUCCAUACCUCUAUACCUUAGUUGUCGUCCUCAAAGAUAAAACUGGAAAUACUGUUGAUUGCGAGUCAUGUCCAGUGGGCUUUAGGAAAGUAUCUACAGCCUACAAACAAUUGCUUGUCAAUGGAAAAGCUGUCGUAAUAAGAGGUGUGAACAGGCAUGAACAUCAUCCACGAGUGGGAAAGGCAAAUAUAGAAUCCUGCAUGAUCAAGGAUUUGGUUUUGAUGAAACAAAAUAAUAUUAAUGCUGUUAGGAAUAGCCACUAUCCUCAACAUCCACGCUGGUAUGAACUAUGUGAUCUGUUCGGCAUGUACAUGAUAGAUGAAGCCAACAUUGAGACUCAUGGUUUUGAUUAUUGUACACAUUUCAAGCAUCCUACUUUGGAACCGAUUUGGGCAGCUGCAAUGCUGGAUCGAGUGAUCAGCAUGGUCGAGAGAGAUAAAAACCACGCAUGCAUUAUUUCUUGGUCUUUAGGGAAUGAAUCUGGAUUUGGGCCAAAUCAUUUUUCUUUAGCUGGUUGGAUUCGUGGAAGAGACCCAUCGCGGGUAGUGCAUUACGAAGGUGGUGGAUCUAGAACUCCUUGCACAGAUAUUGUGUGCCCCAUGUAUAUGCGUGUUUGGGACAUGCUGAAAAUUGCAAAUGAUCCAAAUGAAUCACGACCUCUCAUUCUUUGCGAGUAUUCACAUGCAAUGGGUAACAGCAAUGGGAAUCUACAUAUAUAUUGGGAAGCAAUUGACAACACAUUUGGACUUCAAGGAGGCUUUAUUUGGGAUUGGGUUGAUCAGGCCCUGAUAAAAAUUGAUGAAAGUGGCAGACAGAGAUGGGCGUAUGGAGGUGAAUUUGGGGAUGUUCCUAAUGACUCAAAUUUUUGUUUGAAUGGCCUCACAUUUCCUGAUCGAACUGCUCAUCCUGUUUUACAAGAAGUCAAGUAUCUAUACCAACCAAUCAAGGUGGCUUUGCAUGAAGGGAAAAUUGAGAUUAAAAAUGGGCAUUUUUUUCAAACAACAGAAGGACUGGAGUUUAGUUGGUAUGCUUCUGCAGAUGGGUGUAACCUCGGAUCUGGAAGUUUAAGUCUUGAACCAAUUAAGCCCCAAAGUAGUUAUACCAUCGAUUGGCAAUCAGGUCCAUGGUAUUCUUUGUGGACUUCGUCGUCAUCCGAAGAAAUGUUCCUCACUAUAACUGCAAAGCUUUUGAGUUCUACACGCUGGGUUGAAGCUGGUCAUAUUGUUUCAUCCUCACAAGUUCAACUGCCCACAAAGAGAGGCUUCGUUCCUCAUGCUAUCAAUGUUAGUGGUGGCACCUUGGUGGCUGAAACUCUGGGUGAUAAAAUUAAAGUUAACCAGCAAGAUAUUUGGGACAUAACAUUGAGCACUAAAACAGGAACGGUUGAAAGCUGGAAGGUCAAAGGAGUUGAUGUUCUCAGUAAAGGUAUAUAUCCAUGUUUCUGGAGAGCUCCUACUGAUAACGAUAAAGGCGGAGGACCAGCUAGUUAUUUGUCUAAAUGGAAAGAUGCUGGAAUCGACAGCCUCCACUUUGUUACUGAAAGCUGUUCCCUCCAGAAUACAACUAACAGCUCGGUUCAAAUAUUGGUUGUUUUUCUUGGUGUUUCCAGGCAAGACAAGUCAAAGGUUUUAUUCACAACGGAUAUAAAAUAUUCAAUUCAUGCUUCUGGCGAUGUCAUUGUGGAAUGCAGUGUUAAACCAAACCUGGAUCUUCCUCCUUUGCCACGUGUGGGAGUAGAAUUCAAUGUGGAAAAAUCGUUUGAUCAAGUGACUUGGUAUGGCAGAGGGCCAUUUGAGUGUUAUCCAGAUCGAAAGGCUUCUGCACAGGUUGCGAUAUAUGAGUCGAAUGUUAGUGACUUGCAUGUUCCGUAUGUUGUUCCAGGGGAAAGUUCCGGUAGGGCAGAUGUUAGAUGGGCAACAUUCAAAAAUAAAAAUGGUUUUGGUAUAUAUGCUUCUAGGUAUGGUAGCUCUCCACCAAUGCAAAUGAGUGCAAGCUACUACAGCACUUCGGAGCUUCACCGAGCAAUGCACAAUGAAGAGCUUAUUGCAGGAGAUAGCAUUGAGAUUCAUUUUGACCACAAACACAUGGGUUUGGGUGGAGAUGAUAGUUGGUCCCCAUGUGUGCACAACCAGUAUUUGGUUCCUGCUGUGCCAUACUCUUUCUCUCUAAGGCUAUCUCCAGUUACUCCUGCUUCUUCUGGUCAUGACAUCUACAAAUCUCAGCUUCAAAUCUCUUGAUUUCUCUGAUAUUCGACUAAUUUGUCUACGAAUGAGUAGGAAUAAACUUCAAAGCUCUUGUGAUGUGAGAAAGAAACAUUAACAUGCAAUCUCUGUUGGUACCUAUUUGAAUCUAUUUAUUUAUCUAUUAUAUAAAAAAAAGAAAAACCAAGCUAGUUUUGACAAU